AUGCCUGAUAAUGGUAAAGGGGUGAUGAUUUUCGAGGCAUGCAUCUGUCUUCUCAUGAACGCGGUAGCACUCAUUGGAAAUCUGUUGGUGUGCUUAGCUGUGUAUAAAAAUUCUCGCUUGCGUACAACCACCAAUUUGUACAUAAUAAGCCUGGCUGGUACCGACUUACUCUCUGCUACCCUGGUUAUGCCAUUUACGGCCGGAGUUCUAAUUACACGGAAGUGGCCAUUCGGAACUGUCUACUGCUUCAUACAUGGGUUUUUGGCAAACUUUGGGCUUUUUGCUUCUACUUCUAUCAUGGGUCUCACGGCUUUCAACCGAUAUGUCAGAAUUGUGAAAACAACCAACUACAGUAACAUCUUCUCCCGGAAGAAGUCCCGCACUAUACUCAUUUGCUUGUGCGUUUUCAUUGCUGGUUAUAUCAUUGUACCUCAAUUUGCUGGUUUACAAGAAAUUGGAUUCCUUCCUCAUUAUGCCAGCUGCCACAUAAUCCAUCACACCAAGGCAGGCAUGAUUGCUCACUACUCAAUAGUACUGUUCUUGUUUCUUAUGUUACCUUUUGGUGUUGCCAUUUUCUGUUAUUUCAAAGUGUUUGCAGCCAUUCAAAAACACAACCUUGAAGUUGCCCCAGGCUUGCAAAGUCGCAUUCGCGCGGCGAGAAUCACUUCUCAAGAAAUCAAAAUUUCCAAAUCUCUUUUUGUUGUUGUGUUUGGGUUUGGCCUGUGUUGGAUUCCAGCCUGGACCCUUGCUAUAAUCAAGAGAUUCUGUUUAAUACCUUCACUACCCCUUGAGUAUUACUUACUUCACACGGGACUGGUAUUUUUAAGCAGCUCAACUAAUGUGUUUAUUUACGCAGGAAUGAAUAGCUCAUUUAAAGCCGAAUUUCAACGCAUUUUAUCAUGUCGUGACUAUUUAAAUUCAAGGAAGGUUUCUCCACCGUUGCCACAUCAUGGGCGCUUGAUGGAAUUAAGGCCGCAAUUAGAUGCAAAAUAA